AUGGGACGCCGCCCGAAUUCCACCAUUGCGGCCUACUUCGAGCGCGGGCCCAAGCUGAAGGACAACAGCAAUCGCUACCCUCAUCGCUGCAAGGCAUGUGGCGAGGAUUUCCCCAAGGGCCGCAUCGACUCCCUCACCAACCAUCUAACAAAAAAAUGCCCCGCCAUCUCCGAGGCCGAGAGGGUCAACGCCUGCCUGUCCCUCGCGGGCAUGGGCAGUCCAGCCCGCCGCGCCCAUCAUGCCAGUGCCGCCGCCGCCCAUAGCGCCGACAUGAGCGCCUCGGGCGUCUUGCCCACCUCCAGCAGUGCCGACAGUGCGCUGUCGCAGACCAACUGGACCGCCCUCGAGACCCUGGCCGAGGUCUCGCGACAGAUCGACCUCAGCGAGAAGCACGACGAUCACAUUCCCAGCCCUCACAAUGCGCCGCACGAUGUGACACAGGCCCCCUUCGGGCACACACUCUCGGCCCUCGCCUCGAACCUCUUCGAGCCCCACGAGCAGUUCACUCUCGACAACCCGCCCAUGAGCUACGACAACCGGCCCCAGCACGAGCUGUCGGAAGACUUGCACCAGAAUCCCGAUCCUCGCUAUGAGAUGUCAACCGAAGACAAGCUGCGGAGCUUGCUCGCCUCCGCCGAUGACCACCCCAUGGAAACCAACCUGUCCAUGGCCGCCGCUGCGACAGCCCGUCUGAAUCCAUCCUUGAUGGACCCCCAGCUCCACCUCCUCCACCAAGAGAUCGAGAAUCACCAGCCGAGCGAAGCUCACACGCCUGCAGAGGUUGACGCCAGCGCCAUGAAUGGUCCGGACACAGAAAUGGGCGCGGCCCUACAAGCUGAUCCUACCAGCGACACGGAACCCGCUGUUACUGACGCGGAAAUGGGCAGCAAUCUCUCCUUCGCACCCAUUGUCUCCACCGGCGUCGAUGCUGGCGCGAACGUGUCUUUUGCCCCGAUCAUGUCUACAGGCGAAGAUGUAAACUCCGUGGAGGCGACCGCUCCCAACAACGAUCUGAUGAUGGAUUUCCGACAUGAUCAACGGCCGUCAACGCCAAACACCGGCGUGUCAUCCGCCGCUCAUGACUCCAUGGCAGCCUGGGGAGAAAUGACGUACAUCUCAGAGAAUCUGCAGCCACCUGCGACUGUCAGUGACCAAAGCCAACAGCUAGCCUACACCCUCAACAAGGGUGGGUUCAGGAUGGACACCUUGAGCCCCAACGGCACCCGCCAACGGCCCACUCGGGCGCGUUUCGAUCCAACCCGCAGGAAAGAAGUCCAAGAGGUCCGCCGCAUCGGUGCUUGCAUCAGAUGCCGUAUCUUGCGCAAGGUCUGUUCCAAGGGAACGCCGUGCGAGACCUGCCGAAAGGUCCUAUCCCCGCGGCUUUGGCACACGGGAUGCAUUCGCACAAGAUUGGCCGAACAAAUUGAGCUCUACUCGGCUGGAGUCCAGAUCGUCGUUGCGCAGAAACGCGUUAAUAGGAUCAAGAUGGAUUUCAAGCUGUCUAACACAGGUGCGACGAUUGUCGCCUCCCACUUUCAUGAAACGGGCCAUCAGAUUACCCUCCAGGUCCUCCAAGGCCUGCCCACAGAAACAGAGAAUCCUGAGGCCAAUGCAAACCCGUCGCCCGGUGCGACAAUCAUGAUAGACAAUGACAACGAGGAUGUCCCCGCUCAGGUAGAGACGUACAUGCGCCGGAUGCUUCCCGAGUUCAUCAACCGUGAAACAUCCUCUCACGUUCGUGUCACACUGGAAUGUGCCCAAAAGGUCGCGCACGACACAAAUGAUGAGCUACUACGUCGCUCUCUUGAGCUUUGGGGCCUCACAGAGAUCAUGGACCGUGAGCGCCAGUGGUCUUUUGUCGAGAAGACAGGCGAUGGGGAAUACCCGGAGGUCUGGCUUAAGGACCAGGUCUCUAACGGCAAUCAUGAGAAUGAGACUUUCACCACGUUCUGCACUCAACUCACUGCCGCCGCCGAACGGAAGGCAGCGCUUAUCAGCAAAAGUCUUCUGAACGGCAUUCAGCGCAACUUACAGGACGCCAAGAUCAAGCUUGGAUUCCCCAUGUUCCUCACCUGCAUGAUAUUCCUCAACUGCGUGGAAAAGAUGACCUGGUCUUUCAAAGCCUGGGAGGGAGAGGCUUUACGGCUUUCCUGGCCGCUGGAGAAGCAGCCAGCUGACUACUACAACCAGGGCUACCCGCUCUGCGACCUCUUGAAGAUGCUUCUCAACAUUCGGCAUAUCCUCCCAAAGGUCCAAUUCGCCGAUGGCGACCAGCCCAUCCAGGCAGACGAUGACGAUGAGACAAUCAAAAAGUAUUACGACGAUUUGAACGUAACACCCAACUUCUUGCGCAGUCGUGAAGAACAAUUCUCCUUCGAUCAGUCAGACUCGCGGUCACUGGAGUUCCUCUUCUGCUCAGCACUCCUCCAGUCCUAG